UUUUUUUUUUUCCUCAUCAUCAGUCUCCACCACUUCUGUUCUUUCCCUCCUUUCUUCACCUCAUCUUCCAUCCUCAUCUCUUACGACUCCAACUCAUGUCAAAGUUCAUCAAGAGCGUUCUCGCUCUGGUCACUGUGGCAUUGGUCUGCAUGGUCGCUAUUACGACCGUCAAAGCCGAUGCUGACGAGACCCGCGAGUCCUAUGGCACUGUCAUUGGUAUCGAUCUUGGAACCACCUACUCCUGUGUCGGCGUCUACAAGAAUGGACGCGUUGAAAUUAUCGCCAAUGAUCAAGGUCAUCGUAUCACUCCCUCCUAUAUGCCGCCAAGAAUCAGUACGCUGCCAACCCCACCCAACACAAUUUUUGAUGCCAAACGUCUGAUUGGUCGCCGUUUCGAUGAUAAGGAUGUCCAGAAUGAUAUUAAGCACUUCCCAUUCAAAGUCAAGAGCAAAGGUGGCGCUCCUGUCAUCCAGGUCGAGGUCAAAGGAGAGCCAAAGACCUUCACGCCUGAGGAGAUUUCCGCUAUGAACACAAUCAAGCCUGUCGAGCAAGUCCUCAAGGAUGCCGGCCUCGAAAAGAGCGAUAUUCAUGACAUUGUCCUCGUCAUCUCUCUUAUUGAGGACUUCUUUGGUGGUAAGAAGGCAUCCAAGGGUAUUAAUCCUGAUGAAGCUGGUGGUGUCCUCUCUGGUGAGUCUGCCGCUGAUUCCGUCCUUCUUUUGGAUGUCAACCCGUUGACCCUCGGAAUUGAAACCACUGGAGGUGUUAUGACCAAGCUUAUUCCCCGCAAACACUGGUAUCCCUACCAAGAAGUCUCAAAUUUUCUCUACCGCCGCCGACAACAGCAGACUGUUUUGAUUCAGGUCUUUGAGGGAGAGCGUGGUAUGACUAAGGACAAUAACCAGCUCGGCAAGUUUGAGCUGACCAACAUUCCCCCAGCUCCUCGUGGUGUUCCUCAGAUCGAGGUCACUUUUGAGAUUGAUGCCAACGGUAUCUUGCGUGUCUCUGCCUCUGACAAGGGCACUGGCAAGACUGAGAGCAUCACCAUCACUAACGACAAGGGCCGCCUUUCUGACGAGGAAAUUGAACGCAUGAUCAAGGAGGCUGAGCAGUUUGCCAGCGAGGAUCAGGCAAUCAAGGAACGUGUUGAAGCCAAGAACGUUCUCGAGAACUACCUUUACUCUGUCAAGAACCAGGUCACUGAUGACUCUCAGUUGGGAGCUAAGAUUGACGCUGAUGAUAAGAAGACCAUCUUGGAUGCCAUUGCCACCAAGAUCUCGUGGCUUGAGUCCGAGGGUGCCUCUGCCACUAAGGAGGAGCUUGAUGAGAAGAAGGAGGAGAUUGAGGCCAUUGUUAACCCCAUCACCUCUAAGCUCUACGGCUCCUCCGGCGGCUCCGGCACUCCUCCUAGUGAGGAGAUGCCCUUCGCACGACGAGCUUUAAAAAAAAUGCAUUCUCUCCCCUCGGGCAGAUUCUUUUUUCUUUAUCCCUUGAAACUACAUGAAAAAGCCUAA